CAGUCCUGUGUCUUUAAGAGUGUCUCACUUUUGUGUGGCUGCGGGACUCGGGUGGGUUUGUCGCCACGACUCAUUUCUUGUUUGCGUGGCUUUGCAUGUUGGAGUGUCUCAAAGGCAGUGAAAGCUCAGCCGCGCCGAUUUAUACCACGUCUACCCGGUAAGAGCGGAGAUACGCACGACUCCUAUCAGCCGCCCAUUAAGCGCGUUCGCGGAGAGAUGCGCGGUCCCGCUGUUUGCGUGUGCCCGUUUGACAGCCGCAUGUGAGGAGACUCGCAGCGCACCAUGGCGGGGACUGCCGGGUUUCUGCCCCGGGUCCAGAGCGACACCGAGAUCAACAACAUGUUGCGGGACCUGGAGGUCGGGACGGUCUUGACUUUGCUCAGCCCCAAAAAGUCGCAGCGACCAGAGAGAAGGACGUUUCAGGUCAAACUGGAGACUAGGCAGGUCAUAUGGAGUAGAGGCACGGAUAAAAUCGAGGGCGAAAUCGACAUCUGGGCAAUCAAGGAGAUCCGCCCAGGGCAGAGGUUCCGGGACUCGGAGCGCCACCUGGAGGACGAGCAGGUUCCCUGCUUCACCAUCCUCUAUGGCAGAGAGUUUCGCCUGAAGAGCCUGAGCCUGGCAGCGAUGUCCGAUGAGGAGAUGUCCAUGUGGGUACAGGGACUGACCUGGCUUGUGGGCGACACCCUGAAUUCACCGACGCCUUUACAGAUUGAAAGGUGGCUGCGAAAGCAGUUUUAUGCCAUCGGCUGCAACCAAGAACAGAAGAUCUCCUGCAAAGACCUCAAGAACAUGCUGUCUCAGGUCAACUUCAAAGUGCCCAACAUGCGGUUUCUGCGGGAGAAGUUUCCGGACCUGGAGCUUGGCAACGGGGGUGUGACCUACUGCCAGUUUGAGCAGCUGUAUCGCAGAGUGAUAUUUGAUGGACAGAAAUCUAUGGAGGUUCCUCUCUUGCAGAAAGAUGCGGUCCGGCCGGACCAGGUGAGAAUCACCCUAGAGCAGUUCCGAUGCUUCCUGCAGCAGUCCCAGGAGGAGCACUGGGCCAACGACCCCCUACAGGUGCAGGAGUUCAUGCUCGGCUACCUUCGGGAUCCGCUCAGGGAGGUAGAGCAGCCCUUCUUCUACCAGGACGAGUUCUUGACCUUCUUGUUCUCCAAGGAGAACACCAUCUGGGACUCUAGGCUGGAUGAGGUUUGUCCUGAUGACAUGAAUGAGCCCUUGUCCCACUACUGGAUCUCGUCCUCCCACAACACCUACCUGACAGGUGACCAGUUCUCCAGCGAGUCAUCCUUGGAAGCCUACGCCCGCUGCCUGCGCAUGGGCUGCCGCUGCAUUGAGCUGGACUGCUGGGAUGGGCCAGAUGGAAUGCCCGUCAUCUACCACGGACACACCCUCACCACCAAGAUCAAGUUCUGUGAAGUUCUCCACACCAUCAAAGAGCAUGCGUUCAUCACAUCUGAAUAUCCCAUCAUCCUCUCUAUUGAGGACCACUGCAGCAUUGUCCAGCAGAGGAACAUGGCCACCCAGUUCAAACAGGUCUUCGGUGACAUGCUACUGACCAAGCCAGUGGAUGUCUCUGCUGAUGGGCUUCCAUCACCCAACCAGCUGAAACGGAAGAUCCUCAUCAAGCAUAAGAAGCUGGCAGAUGGCAGCUUGUAUGAAGAGGUGUCUACCACGGCGGUGUACUCCGAGAGCGACAUCUGCAACUCCGUCAAGAAUGGCAUCCUCUACCUGGAGGACCCCAUCGACCACGAGUGGUACCCGCACUUCUUUGUGCUGACGAACAGCAGGAUCUACUACACCGAGGAGACCUCCAGUAGACAGGCCAGUGAGGAUGAGGAUGAGCGCCGUGAGGUGACCAGUGACAGAGAGUGCCACCUGAGUGAGAGAUGGUUCCACGGGAGGCUGGGCUCAGGCCGAGAUGGCCGGAAUAUCGCCAGGCGCCUCGUGUCUGAGUACUGCCUGGACACUGGCUCGCCCGACGGCUCGUUCCUGGUGCGCGAGAGCGAUACAUUUUUGGGAGACUACAGCCUGUCAUUCUGGCGAUCCGGUGAGGUCCAGCACUGCCGUAUCCACUCGCACCAGGAAGGAAGCAGCCUCAAGUUCUACCUGACGGACAUGGUGACAUUCCCCAGCCUCGUCGCGCUCAUCACCCACUACCAGAAGGUGGCGCUGCGCAGCAACGAGUUUGAAAUCAAGUUGACCGAACCCAUCCCCCAGACCAACUCCCACGAGGGCAAGGAAUGGUACCACGCCAGCCUGUCCAGGGAGCAUGCGGAGGACAUGCUGAUGAGGGUGCCUCGUGACGGCGCCUUCCUCGUGAGGAAGAGGACAGAGCCGUACUCGUUCGCCAUCUCCUUCAGGGCGGAGGGUAAGAUCAAACACUGCCGGGUGCAGCAGGAGGGCCAGCUGAUAAUGCUGGGCACGUCUGAGUUUGACAGCCUGGUGGACAUGGUUAGCUACUACAAGAAGCACCCCCUCUACAGGAAGAUGGUGCUGCGCUACCCAAUCAACCAGGAGACCCUUGAGAAGAUCGGCACUGCUAAACCUGACUACAGCUCUUUGUAUGAAGGACGCAACCCGGGAUUCUAUGUAGAAGCAAACCAGAUGCCUGCAUUUAAGUGCGCUGUGAGGGCCCUGUACGACUACACGGCCAAUCAACUCGAUGAGCUCUCCUUCACCAAGAACACCAUCAUCUACAACGUGGAGAAGCCAGAAGCCUUGUGGUGGCAGGGGGACUGCAAGGGGAAGAAGCAACUCUGGUUCCCAGCCAAUUACGUAGAGGAGAUCGGGUCCCUGUCUGCAGAGAUGGAGAUGUCUCCUCUGCCAGAUAACAGCCCUCUGGGAAAUCUGCUGAGAGGAAGUAUUGACGUGUCUUCCUGUCGGAUCUUGGUCAGGUCUGAGGGGAAGGGCAAACAGCCUUACGUAUUCUCUCUGGUCACCAUGGAGAUGGCGCAGCCUAGCACAACCCUGGACAUCUCGGGAAAUAGCCAGGAAGAGAUUGAUGAUUGGAUCCAGAAGAUCACUGAGGUUGCCAUGACAUCAGAGGCGAAGCUUGAAGAAGGGAAGAUGAUGGAGAGGAGGAAGAAGAUUGCACUGGAGCUGUCAGACCUUGUUGUCUACUGCCGGCCGGUGCCUUUUGAUGAAGACAAGAUCGGCACCGAUCGCGCCUCCUACCGCGAUAUGUCCUCCUUCCCUGAGACCAAGGCAGAGAAGUAUGUUAGCAGGGCCAAGGGCAGGAAGUUCCUGCAGUACAACCGACGGCAGCUGUCACGCAUCUACCCCAAGGGGCAGCGGCUGGACUCGUCGAACUACGACCCCCUGCCCAUGUGGCUGUGCGGGAGCCAGCUGGUGGCGCUCAACUUCCAGACCGCGGAUAAGCCCAUGCAGAUGAACCAGGCCCUGUUCAUGCUGAAUGGACGGAGUGGCUACAUGUUGCAGCCAUCUGUCAUGAGGGAAGAGGCCUAUGACCCCUUCGACCGCUUCUCCCUCCGCGGCACGCAGCCAAUCACUCUGCAGAUUGAGGUACUGGGAGCAAGGCAUUUACCCAAACAUGGCCGGGGCAUUGUGUGUCCACUGGUCGAGGUUGAGAUAUGCGGGGCCGAAUAUGACUGCAGCAAGCUGAAGUCGGACUCUGCAGAAGAUAACGGCCUGAACCCCACUUGGCCCAGCAGGCUGUUUCGUUUCACAGUCCACAACACAGCAUUUGCCUUCCUACGCUUCGUUGUCUACGAGAUUGACCUGUUCAACGACCAGAACUUCCUGGCCCACGCCACCUUCCCAGUCACUGGGCUCAGAACCGGCUACAGGUCUGUGCCCCUGAAGAACAGCUACAGUGAGGACCUGGAGCUGGCUGCUCUGCUUGUUCACAUAAGCAUCCUGAGCGGCAGAAACGAUAAUGGUGAUGUGAGCGGCUCCUACCUGGGGCCUCCCGGUCCCAGUGCUGGCAUCGCCUCCCUCCCACCACUGCCCGGCCUGGUGGCCCAGGCCUCGCGGUACCACGGCCGGGAGAGCUCCAUGGAACUGCGCUACCAGGGCUCUGCCACCUCUGACUUCCGUGCAUCUCGGGAGGUGCCACAGGACAACAUGGAGGCCUCCAGCAGGAGGCGACCUCGCGUGCGUCACUGAGAGAGGGGGAGGCGGCAGCGAGGGGAGCGCAUGGGGGAGAGCAGAGCCCGAUGCUGUCGCCGUCCUCUGCUGCGAGUGCCCGUUUCUACGGAAACGCCAGCGCCCGAGCCCACCUUCUGGGCAGCUGUGUCUUCCCGUCUCCUCGGAAACGGAGCUCGAGCGAUUUUGCCGUGGCCACGACCUGUCAGGAUCUGGGAACCGAAAGAGAAAACGGGAGAUGCUGGAAUGUUCCACGGGGGACGGCUCAGUCGUCCUCCGCUGAGAAGCACGGCGCCCCGAACGCAGGCCGCCACAGCAUGUGUGCUGAAGCGUUUGCAGAUGGGCUGUUAUUCUGCUUGUCUGCUUUGUUUAUCCUCUGUUUUGUUUUGUAUCGUUCAUGUGGCACCAGCGGACACAGAUGUCCUCUCUGGCCCGUCUCCUUUCACUGCAAAGAUCAGAUUUUUUAUGAUUACUUUAUAAAUACUGUCUCUUUAAAGUUAUGAUUUCUAGUUUUCCACAGGAGGGGGGUAAGCCCCAGGUGGCUGGCCCUCUUCAGUAUCAUUUUGGGGUAGAAGCUCUAGAAGGCGGGAGAGCAGAACAGGAGAGGGACGAAAACUAAACCUGGCUGGUUGUCGGCCGUGGGGCGGGCCCAGUACGCCUGCAUUCUGAAGCUGAAUUGGUACCCCCUCCCCCCGAGUGGCCCUUGCUCCUUCCAGCAGGUGUCGUAGUAAACCACAGUUUUAAAAAAAAUUAAAUAAAAUAAAUUAAAUCAGGUCUGGUGCCAGACGCCGUAAAAAGCUCAAACAAAGAGUGACUCACUGUGUGUGUGUGGGGGGGGGGGCAGUUGAAUCAACCACUUCUAUGAAAAUUAUAUUUUUAAAAUGAAACUAUGAAAAUUGCGUUUUAACACGUUUUUGUAAAAACGGCACCCCGUUGGCUGGGAGCACAGCAAACGCUUCCAUUUUUCAUACUUUGCCAGAUGACGGUUUGUUCUAAAUGCUGCCUUGUGUAUUAAAAUGCUUUUCAGCCA